AUGACUAGUAAGAAUAGGCUUACAGCAGCAGCAUACCAAUGUCUCCCUGAAGGUCCUCUUGAUGUCGACAAGGCUUCCUACAAUGAAGUAGCAGCCACUGCAUUCACAGAACCGCAUUUGCGUACACUGUUUGAAAGCUUCAUCUCUCCCAUUCGCAGCGGAAAGGCAUGGCCAGUACGAAAAGGUGAUAUCUGUCGUAUCGUAGCAGUGGAAGACGCCCAGGUCGGUGACCUGAACAUCUGGUCGCUUCACAAUCCUCGUGAACGGCGCUGGGCUUCAUGAACGCGCCAGCUUCAGCGAGCUCAGGUAGCCGUCUAUGAUUGUCUUUGGUCAACAUUACCGUACCUCCAGCCCCUAGUGACAAUUACGGGAGACGCGCUCAAGGACUACGGUGUGGAUGGAAGCGGGACUGAUUCAGAAGGGGGAAGGGUUCAUGAUCUACUUGGGACUAGAUGUGAUUUGUAUGUUAGUCGCGUACUUACUGGGCAGGGUA